UCCUGGUAUAAGACUAUGCGAAGACGUGACAGUAUAACAUGUCAAAUUGACAUUGCGAAGAAGAAUUUUUGACAAAUAGCUUAAUACGCGCGCGGAAUUUACAUAAGGUAAACACUUUUAUUGCUCAAUUGUUUUUAUAUUUAACGUUUUAAUUUAAAUGGCAUUUUAAGCAGUAUUCUAACCUCUGAGAGGUAGCUGUACUCGCAAUGUUUUCUGCGCACAGUGUUACGCUUUGCUGUGUGUAUUGCCGUUGUUGAUAUGCUAAGUUGCACAAUUGGCGUCGAUGUAAACACUGUUUCACUUCAUUUGUUGAUUACACUGCACUGCUAUUACAGUUUAAACACUAUUAAAAUUAGCAAUGUUUUGUUUUGCUGCAAUUUUAAUUAUGCAUUUACUUUUGAUACAAAAUGUACACACUGAAAUGAGUCUAAAUUUGCGUCUGCAACCAACUUCAUGCGAGUCGAAAAAGUGCGCGCAGCUGACUUCACGCGAGUCAAAAAUUGUAAACAAUGCAAGGUAAACAAUGAGUGACUAUGUUGAAAUGGAUUGUGUUCUGGACGAGCAACUGCUGUCCAAUAUGAAAUGCAGUGACAAUGAGCUAAUGGAUGAUCGGCGCAUGGAAGAGGAAGAUAUAGAGCUCAAGGCGCCAGUUAAUGAAGAUGCUGACACUUUUGCUGAUCCACUGCAAGAUACUGCUUUGGUGUCAUCUCACUUUGAGUGGCUUUUUAAAGAUGAGGACACUCUAUUAACGGAUGAGCAGUUGCCCGAGCUGCUGCUGAAACCUGCCAGAAGUCGUGGCAAGCGGGGACGACCUUCCAGCAGUAGUGGUAGCUUCAUUUCCAGCAAUGGUCAUACCUGGACUCUGGAACGUGAUCCACAGCCCGCGGCACACGAGGAGCUACAAGGAGCCAAGCAACAAGCCUGUGGAAAAGGUCCCUCACGAUCUGCCUGCAAUGCCGUUGAGUCUUGGAUGCUGCUAUUCGAUGAUGAUAUGCUGCGCAUGCUGCUCCGAAUUAUUAAUGAGCAGAUUCGCAAAAGACGCACUGGAAGCCAUGGAGAACGAGCCACGGAUCUCACAGAGCUGCGCUCCUGGCUGGGCUUAAGUUAUCUGUGUGGUGUGUUUCGCAAUGCACAGCACAAUGGACCUUUGGAGGAACUCUGGACACUGGAGCUGGGCAAUGCCAUCUUUCGAGCGACCAUGUCACUCACACGCUUUGUGUUCCUUACAGAGUGCCUCAGCAUGCCGUCGGACAGCAGUUGGCAUGAUGCACAACGUCUGUGGCAAAAGCUGCUCAUCAAUUGUCGCUCUUAUUACGGACCAAGCGGUUGGCUCUGUGUGGAUGAGGUGCCUGCCCUGGACAACUUGCAGUUGGUGUUAUGCUGCGAUGCGAAGACACGUUACAUGACCAAUGCCUUGCUGCAGAAGCAGCCAAUGACGCCCCACAAAGAGUUGAUGCAGCUCAUCUGUGAUUACAAGACCACAGGACGCAAUAUAACGCUGGGCUCCAGAUACGCUGCCCUCAAGCAUUGUGAGCAGCUGCUGCAGUGCCAGUUAAGCAGCAUUUGCCGACUGCACUCGACUGCAGCGGAUUACCCCAAGAACUGGUCAGCAGGCACACUUGUCAGCGGCGCCAACAGACUGACACAGCAAUCGGAUAACGCCUUGCUUACCUGUGGCCUUAACAGGCAGAUUAAUGCCCACCAAACGCAACUGCUCACCUCAGACACCUGCACACAAUUCCAUGAACUCUCUGCUAGAUUUAGCACCGGAUUUGCAGCUGCCAAGAAGAAAGAAGACAAGACCACUUCAUUUCUGGAGCUGCUGCAUCUCAUGCUCAAUAUAGCGGCUUUCAAUGCUUGGAUAUUGCUGCGUCUGUCGCCAAAAAUGGAUGCGAGUCUGGAGCAGCGCGACUUCCAGCGUCAGUUGGGUUUGUUUCUGACCCAGCAACGUUUGCAACGUCGUCUGAAUCUUCGAUCCACAUCGCUGGUGAUGCGACUGCAAAUCUGUGAGAUUCUGGGUCUAUCCAAUCAGCGACUGUUGAGUGAAGCCUCUACGGAUGCCAGGCAAACACUGGGAAUCGGUGUCAUCAGCCAGAGUCGCGCCUUGCUGCCCCAAGACGUCACCCUGGUCAGUCGUUAUGGCGAGAAGCAUCGUCGUUGCAAGCUUUGUUGCCGCAACAAACGUGGAACUAAGGCACGAUCCCGUUGCCAACAGUGUCAGAUACAUCUGUGUGGGAAUCAUCUAAUCUCACGUUGCUACGAGUGCACGGGAGUGACGACAAGUCAGCUGCAGGAAUGGAAUAUAAAAGACAAUUGAUGCUACCUUAAGAUAUAUAACAUUUAUUGAAAUGGUAAAGAUUUGGAGUGCUACAACGAAACCAGCAGCAAACACUUUGUGCCAUUACAAAUACAACAAGCUACAACUUUGGGAUUGGGCAACAAAGCCACUACUAAAAUUUGUACUGGAAAGAUUUGGGCUUAUACUUGUUAGCCACGUUUCUAUUGUUGCCAUUGCCAUUGCCAGUCUCGAAGGGAUCGCUGCGGUCCAGGAACAAACUGAGGAACUGUUCGUUUUGCAGCUCAUUCAAUGGCAUCUCCAGUUCGCUGCAGGACUUGACAAUCUCAGCACAAGCACGCAAAUCCUUGCGCAAGUCUGUAAAAAUGAUUAUGUUAGUAAUAAAAAACUAGUAGGCGGUUACAGUCGACAGUAGAAUACCCUGUGCAUAGGUACUCUGUACUGAAAGUUGAUUUUUGACCAAUUGUUCCUAUGA